AAUUCUAGCUCCUAAGUUCACCUAGACUCCGUCCUUAAUCCUAACAAGUGGUAUCAGAGCCUUAUAAAGGACAUUGAGAGGAGUCUACAGAAGUGUGAAGACCCUUCUAGACCCACCAUGGCCUGUGGGUGUGCCUAAGUGGUGUUCUAAAGGUUGGAUGUGUCUUCCGCUAAGGGGAAACUCUACCGAAAUUUCGUGGACGCCGACACUUGUGAAAAUAUCGAGGGAGCUGAGUGUGGACAGCAAAGGGGAGCUGAAAUUCGUCAUUUCUCAAGGAGAAGAUGAAUGAGAGAGGAGGAGAUGCUAAUGGAAGAGGAGCUGUAGCUGAGAAGACAAGUGAGCCGCCGCCAUCAAAAGUUGAAGCUUUGGAUGGCUCCAACUAUGAGGAAUGGAGCGGACAGAUGAGGAGUGCCUUCAAACGCUUCAAGCUACUGAAGAUUGCUGUUGGGGAAGAGAAGAUGCCGGAAGAAGGCGAAGCACGUGAACGGUGGAUUGAGAAAAGCGGGGUGCUUUUCGACCUCAUCCUUCAAUCGGUCAACAAGGAGAUGUUCGAGCACAUCAAGGAUCUUGUGGAAGCGGAUGAUUCGGGUCCAAGGGCGUGGAAACUACUACGCGAUGUGAUUCAGCCCAACACUCUCCCAAUGGUGAUCGUGCUCGAGAAGGAACUUGCUGCCAUCUCCAUGCGACCAGGGGACGAUGUGAAGCCGGUCCUUGACAAGAUCAAGGACACCUAUGCAAGGAUGGCAGCAGCGGGCAGCAAUUCUUGAACUUUGAUUGAACCUUUGAGAUUGAGUUAAGU